CCUUAAACAAAGAGCCUCUAUAAAUCUAUUUUAAAAACCCCCCCAAAUUCAAGGAUCUCCAGCCAAUCAAAUUAGCAUAUUUUGCAUCUUUUACUACCCACCCCACUUGCAUUGCAUUUCCUCAUUGAACAACACCUUUUGUUCUUACAAAUGGAGGAAACACAAAAAGUGCUACUCAAAUGCAUAAUCCUAUUUCAUUAAAUUAACCUCUUAAUCCCCAAUUUCUCCCAUCUUCUUCUUCGUCAACAUUUCCUCAAAAUGUUCCAUCCCUCUCUCUUUAUGAUAACAUUCUUUAAAUGUUGAAACCUUUUUUCUCUGUAAAACUAUAAACCCAAAAGAGAGACCCAUACCUCCAAGAAACUAGAAGAUUCCCAUUUCCCACAUACAAAUAUUUCUUCUUUUUUUUUUAAAGAAAAAAACUAACUCACCAAACCGAGUCCCUUUUGAUUUUCCCCCCUGUUCUCUCCAUCACUUUCCCAAAUCUCAGAAACAAACCGAACCAAACCACCGCCACCAUUAUAACACACUCCUCCCUUUGCAAACCCUAGAAAACCCAACAAUUUGGGGGGAACCUCAACCCAAUCCCAGAAACCAAAAUCGGCCUCGCAAUUCGUCGAAACCGAGGAAGAGAAAUCGUGGGCACCUUUCAAAAUCCGAGAGUUCCCCGACAAAAUGUCCCAACUGAAGCAAAUGUCGCACAUAGACAGUGCCCCUCCGACCCCAGGGAAGUUCAAGAUGGAUAAAGCUUCGUACUUCAACCGCGUGCGGUGGCACACCUCGCUGGCGAAGCUCGCAGUGUGGUCCUUCGUGUUCCUGGGCGCGAUCUUGAUCUUUUUCCUCCGGUCGCCGGCAUCGUCUCCGGUCCCGGCGGACCUCUCCCGGCGGUCCCUGCGAACCUACAGCUGGGGCGGACCCGUUUGGGAGAAACGGGUCCGGGCAUCCGCCCAGGUCCGGUCCCGAAACGGGUUCGCCGUGUUGGUCACCGGCGCCGCCGGUUUUGUAGGCACCCACGUCUCCGCGGCGCUUAAGCGCCGCGGUGACGGGGUGCUUGGACUUGACAAUUUCAAUGACUAUUAUGACCCUUCACUUAAGCGUGCACGCCAGGGGCUCCUGGAGCGCAAUGGCGUGUACAUAGUUGAGGGUGAUAUCAAUGAUGAGGCACUCUUGAGGAAACUUUUCGAGGUUGUGCCUUUCACUCAUGUGAUGCACUUGGCUGCUCAGGCUGGUGUGAGGUAUGCCAUGGAGAAUCCUGGCUCUUAUGUUCAUAGCAACAUUGCUGGUUUUGUGAAUUUGCUUGAGGUUUGUAAGAGUGUGAAUCCACAACCUGCUAUUGUGUGGGCCUCUAGUAGCUCAGUUUAUGGACUCAACACUAAGGUUCCCUUCUCUGAGAGGGAUAGGACUGAUCAACCUGCUAGUUUGUAUGCUGCAACCAAGAAGGCUGGUGAGGAGAUUGCUCACACUUAUAACCAUAUCUAUGGUCUUUCAUUGACUGGAUUGAGGUUCUUCACUGUUUAUGGUCCUUGGGGUAGGCCUGAUAUGGCUUACUUCUUCUUCACUAGGGAUCUUUUGAAGGGGAAGCCCAUCCCUAUUUUCGAGGCCGCGAAUCAUGGAACCGUUGCUAGGGAUUUUACUUACAUUGAUGAUAUUGUGAGGGGUUGUUUGGGGGCUUUGGAUACUGCGGAGAAGAGCACGGGGAGUGGGGGGAAGAAGAGGGGGCCAGCACAGUUGAGGGUGUUCAAUUUGGGGAACACUUCGCCGGUUCCGGUUAGUGAUCUCGUGAGCAUUUUGGAGAGGCUUCUGAAGGUUAAGGCGAAGAGGAACAUAAUGAAGUUGCCGCGGAAUGGGGAUGUGCAGUUUACUCAUGCCAACAUUAGCUAUGCUCAGAGUGAGCUUGGGUACAAGCCGACCACGGAUCUGCAGAGUGGUUUGAAGAAAUUCGUGCGGUGGUACCUGAAUUACUAUUCUGGCGGGAAGAAAGCUGUUGAGUGACCUGAUUCUUUUAACCAUGUGAUAUUGUCUUUUGAAUUCUUGUUCAUUAUGAUUCUUGUGAUUGUUCCUUAGCGUUUCUCUGUUCGUUGUACGAUCACCGCGUUUCAUGUGUCAAGGAUGAUGCCAUAUAAGGAGGAGGAAGUAGGAACCUUGCUUCCUGCACUGAGGAAGUUUUGUUGUUGGGGGAGAUUAAUGCCUAGGCACCGAUUUGCUGUGUCCAAGAAAACCAGAUACAUCAUAUUCUCUUUUAUUCUUUUUCUUUUUCCUGAAUGUAUUUGUUGUAGUUUUAGAAAUGUAGCAUUCAUGACUGAUAGAGCAUAUGCUGAUUGGUGGCAGUGUAUAAUAAUUGUUAAGAAAAGGUAGUAAAAUCACACAAUAGUUUGAUUUCCGGUUUUUGGACUGAAUGAGUCAAUAAGACAUGUAUUUUAUUUGCUUAUGUAAUUUUUCACAUAUAAAUGGACUCCUGUAUUAAUAAUUCUUGCA